UGUGUAGGGCACUCCCAAGCGCGGGCUGAAGGAAGGAUGGGGUGGGAAGAGAGCGAUUAUGCUAGUCUGAUUUUAUUUCCCGAAGCUAACGAAAUGGGAAACUCCCCGUGAGUCACUCUAAGACGUCCCCUUGCCCAUCUGAGCUUCCAUCAGGCAAAGUGAAUAGAGCAUCUGAGACGAUACAUCAGGCUCCUAUGUAAGGAAAAGAUUGUGAUCGUUCGCUAUGGCAUAUGGCUUGCCAAGAAGAAACACAGUGCAAACCAUUUUGAAGGGCAGCUGUUAUAAAAUACAGGAACCAUGGGACCUUGCAGAGCUCACUAAGAUCUGGUACACAAACUUAAUGAAAAUCAGGUUGCCAUUCUUGGGAGAAAUUGCAUUUGGUAGUCCCAUAAAGCUUGUAACACGCAAAACCUUCAAGGAUGAACUGCAGCCUUCAUUAGAAUGUAUCAAACUGGAAAAAGAAUUUGAAAUGAAACGCCUAACCACGCUGAAGAAUCAGGAGCAGGCUUGUGAGGAGAUUCAGGUUGCACUAAGGCAAACGAGAGUCGGUUUGAGAAGACCACUUCAACCCAAGUGACCUAUUGUGUUGUUGAAUCUGAACCUGUUUCUGGCAACCACAGGGAUGGAGGUCUUUCUUUCAUGCUGUUGAGUAGACAAGUGAUGCCUAUGAGUGACUGGCCAAUGUUUCUCGACAUGGCUUGGUGGACACUGACGGAACUCCUGGGUUCCUGCCACACUCUUGUUCUUUGUGUCACUUUACAGCAGCCCUCCCUGUAAGUAGAUGAAAACUCACCUGGAGUUGAGUAGUUUUGUGUCUUUCAUUUCAUGCUUAUAAGAUGUCAUGGAGAACAGUCCUCGUGAGAGGCAGCAUUCUGAAGAAACAUUGGGACUGUGCAUCUUUGAGAUCCCAAGGAGAGUUCUCAGAAAGGUGGUGAGAGAGAAGUUCUCUUAAAAAGGAGAAACUGCACAUUUUCGUCUGGUUAAGAAAAUGGUAGAUUACAUUUCAGUAACUCCACAGCUGUCACUCUUUGGUAAAGUGUCACUUACUAUUCUCAUGCGGCACUUUAUUUUUUAAUGCUUGAUCAUGUGGCCCUUUAAAGAGAGACUUACUCUGUUUUUGUUCUCCUGAAAAAAAAUUGUCAAGUCACUUUCCUUCCAGCUAAUGUUCUUUCUACAAUGGACCUGGAGCAGGUGCAGUGCGUGCUCGUGAAAGGGACGUGAAGGGACAAAGAAGGCCUUAUUGUGAGGAAAACUCAUAUUUGCAGAGUGGCUGGGGAAUGAGGAAUUAACUGGAAAGAACUGAAUUUGUAUGAACCAAGUUUUCUAGAAUUUGCAUACAAUAAAGCGUAUUUGGAUAAUGUUAUAUUUAA